GAUUCGAUAAAAUCUUCUCAAAAGUUGUCCGCUCGUGAUCCAGAAGGACAGGUGCUGAACAACAAAUACACACAGAUCUAAAACUUUCUGGUUCCACUUCUCCGAUCGAUUUCGAUCCAAAAUCUGUUAACAAUGGCGGAUUCAGGAUUCAGCGGUGAUGAAACUGCUCCUUUCUUUGGUUUCCUUGGCGCAGCUGCUGCUCUUGUCUUCUCAUGUAUGGGGGCGGCAUAUGGAACAGCGAAGAGUGGUGUAGGUGUGGCAUCGAUGGGUGUGAUGAGGCCUGAGCUGGUGAUGAAGUCUAUUGUUCCUGUGGUUAUGGCUGGUGUGCUCGGUAUUUAUGGUUUGAUUAUUGCUGUUAUCAUCAGUACUGGAAUUAACCCUAAGGCGAAAUCGUAUUAUCUGUUUGAUGGCUAUGCACAUCUUUCCUCUGGUUUGGCUUGUGGUCUUGCUGGUCUUUCUGCAGGAAUGGCAAUUGGAAUUGUCGGUGAUGCCGGUGUCAGAGCCAACGCCCAGCAGCCGAAGCUAUUCGUGGGGAUGAUUCUUAUCCUCAUUUUUGCGGAAGCUCUGGCUCUAUACGGUCUCAUCGUCGGUAUCAUCUUGUCUUCACGUGCCGGUCAAUCCCGAGCAGAUUAAGAUGUUACAGAGAAUGAAAAUGGAGGUUUUUUUCUUCUUUAUCUGUUUGUUGUCUGUUCUUAUUAAUCAAUCAAGAUCAUGUUUUCUUUGUUUAUUUAAAUUUGGCAGGUUUUGAACAUCCUUUUUUUAAAAUUUUAUGGUCUAUUUAUUUGUUAUCUCAGUAUCAUUAAUGGUGUUGCUGCAGAAUAAGACCUUUUUGUUAGUCGUCAACUUGUAGCUGAUUGUGUUAAGCAUUUAUCUUGGGGCAUAUAUUUUAAAGAGUGCUAAUAUGGAGCAUAUUAUUGA